GCUUGCUUUCAGCAGCUGGUUCCCCCUCCCACUCUGUCUGUUAACUGGUAUAUACAAAGGACCCCUAACCCAGCCUUUUUCAGCUCAGGAUUUGGAAUUAACCCCUGAAGCCCCACCAGAGUCCUGUGGUCCAAGUGUUGCUGGCUCAACCAGUAAGGGAGCUCUCCAAUUUCACAGCUCUUACCUGGGCCAACCCUUCUAGAAUACCGAAGAUGAUAACUGUUGGAGUGUCCACCUUGCUCAGCUACCCCAGGCCCUGCAAAUCAGCAUGGCUGCUCAGAAGAGGAUUCUGCAUAGCCCUUCAUCUGAAAAUAGCCAGUGGCUUAGUAAACCCAAGCAAAGUGAGGGCUGCAAGCCAAUGCAGCUGGAGAAAGCAAACUUCCCAGGCUCCAAGGGUACUAUCGGUGGGGGUGGCCAGGAUAAGACCAGUGUGGAGCUGGCACUGGUAACACCCCCAGGGAAGGUUUGACUGGGAAAGCCAUUGGCCCAGAAAGUGUGCUGGAAACAGGAGCAGAGUGCCUUGAUGGAGGUGCCACAGCUCAAGAAAAGGCUACAGGACAGACAAGCCAAAGAUAGGGAGCAUGGUGCCCUCACAGGCCAGCCUGGCCCUCAGCAGCAGACCCAGGACAUCCCCAGGAAACCAGCUGGCAGCACAGUCUUCUCUGAGUGGCCCAGCAGAGCCCAACAGGAGCAGAAAAGUGCCUUCAGCAAACUAGCAGAGCCCAACAGGAGCAGAAAAGUGCCUUCAGCAAAACCUGGGUCAGCCUCUCUUUUCCAGGCAAGCAGACCUGCAGAUGCCAUGAGGGAGCUGUUGGGACUCAUCAAGAUGGUAGAUUUCCCUUGUUGGGGUCAACUUUCCAAUUCUAAGCUUUUGGUGGGUGAUUUUUGGAACCUGCAAAUGCUGCCACAGAACACUCAUCUCUGCAGUGCUUUUCUGGGUACACUGUGGCUUAAGCAUGCCAUGGCCCAGAUACCUACACCCUUGUCAUCAUCUUCCUGCCUCCUACCACCAAUGUUCCCUUCCCAAGGCUUGUCCACCCAGAACUGGUGUGCAAAGUGCAACCUCUCCUUUCACAUGACCUUGGACUUGUUUUUUCAUAUGUGGACCCACCACAAAAAGGAACAUGCAGGGCCUGACCUACAUUCUAAGAAGCUGACAGAAGAGGCACUCACAUGCCCCAUUUGUCAUGAGUACUUCUGGGAGCACCACCAUCUCUCCCAGCACAUUACUACUCACAGUUAACAGGUGGCUGUGGAACAAACCUCUAAGUGCAGUGACCACCAUUUGGCAAGGACAAAAAAUGGUUUGCCAGGGCUUCCUUUGAAAAGACAAUUUGCAGUUG